GCUACUGAGCGCAACUCAAGUCAGCUUGAAGCUAACAGCUAACUGUUUCUCACUGGUCUAUGUGCUAUAAUGUCAUAUUUAUUGGAACAAUUAUUACGAAGACUGUUAAAAUCUAGCUAAAGUGAACCAAAGUUUCACCGAUCGGCGGCCAAGUUAAAUACUUUUUCAAAUCUUGUCAGUUAGCCGCCCGCUAGCAAGUGUUGAAAGCUAGCUACAUCUUACCAUUACCAUGGCAAGUGCAGCAAACGCAAACCUAAACGCAGUGCGGGAGACUAUGGAUGUACUGUUGGAGAUCUCCAGGUUGCUCAACACUGGCUUGGACAUGGAGUCUCUUUCCAUCUGUGUACGUCUGUGUGAGCAGGGCAUCAACCCAGAAGCACUUUCCUCAGUUAUAAAAGAACUGCGCAAAGCUUCUGACUCGCUGAAGACUUCAGAAAACUGCACAAACUGAAGAUGAGGACUGACCUCAGUUUGGGUCUUCAAUGGGAUCACACUUGAUCCCUGGAUAUGUACCAUGAGCUCUCGAGCCAAUCUGACUGCGUGUAGGUGUUCAGGCCUCAGCACCACCUCUGUUGUAAAUAUAUUACUGUCUUGUGUCUUCAUAUGAGUUAAUUCUUUCCCUGUCUGCCUCUAAUUCCAUCUUAGUAUUGGCAUCUUGCCUUAAGUUAAGAGCAUCCCUGUGUCAUAUGUCAACUUGUGGUGCACUUUUCACAUUUUAUGUCUGUUUAUGUUUGUGUAUGGAAUUGUUUCAAACUGCUUUUAUUUUGUGUGCAUACUGUAUUUUUCAGUUUUGCUACAUUGUUUAUGACUGAAGAGUUUAUAUUAAAACAAUACCGUAAAUGGCCA